AUGCCCCUCCUCCACGCGGGCUCCGCUCUACUGGUGCUGCUCCUAAUCCUCCCGCAGGUGCAUGCAUUCGGAGCUGGCAAUAUCGCAUCUAUCUCUGCUGUCGAAGGCAAGAACUGGCGCCAUGGCGACAUCGAAGAUAUUCUCAAGACCAUCGCGUUUAUCCACGGCCACAAAUGGACCUCAACCAUGGUCAAGCGCGUAUACUUCGGCAACUGGCUACGAGAUUACUCACAGGCAAUGGACGUCGGCACGCUCAAAAGUCUGCAGGCCGAGACUAUCCGCAUCCUGGUGUGGGUCCUUUCGUUCCUGAGCUUCGGAUAUGCAACAGGGGAAUUCGAAGUGACGUCGGAUCGGUUGGGUGUUUAUCGUCCAGAGGAACAUAUCGACAACCCCAAGGACUAUGCCGACAACGAAGAUGCGCGCCAAUAUGACAAACGCCUGCGACCACCUGUUCGCAGCAUCGAACUCGAAAUAGACCCGAAUACCGGAAUGAAGAACUAUAUCGCAAACGAACGAGGCGACUGGGCCACCAGCGCGGCUUACAUCAAGUUCAGCAUGAGCCGCAGCAUCCACUACGGCCGAACAUACAUCCAUGGCGGGUCGAACAAAGGCAAUGAGGAUGAUUUGUGUGAAGCACUGCGCUGUAUGGGACAGGGACUGCACACGUUGGAGGAUUUCGCUGCGCAUACCAACUAUGUCGAGCUGGCGCUGCGUGAGAUGGGCAUGCACAAUGUGUUCCCGCAUACUGGCACAGCGACGGAGUGUAAUAUCCAUGGGAAGCGUGUUUUCCCGCUAGUCACGGGAACCUUUGGCAUGGUUGAUUUCUUCCACUCCGUGCUUGGAGAGGCUACCGAUCAUUUCACGCAGUCUGAGGUGAAUGAGAUGGAUAUUGCAUUGGGGGAUGCGGAGACGAAUGCUCAGUCUAACAACUCGCUGAACGCCCUGACUGGAUUACUCGGCAAGAUCCCGGGAACCAAGGAUCUGGUUUCCGAGGCUGAGAGUUUGAAGAAAUCCUCUGCCGCGCAAGAGUUUGCUAACCGGAGCCGUAGUGCCGCCACGGGAUAUGCAGAGAAUACCCGUGCUCCAGGCGGCAAUCAGUCAUCUGGGGGCUCUGGGCCCGGCGCUGGAUUCGAGGGAAUGCCAGACUUCAAUCCGCAAGAAACAGUCGCUAAGAUCUAUCCCAUCCUGGCAUUCCGUGACAAGGUUGUCCGCAAGCUCAGCGCCAUCAUCGAAAAGGUUCCUGGGCUUGAAGCCCUCGUCGAGAAGAUCUCCGAGACUCUCACUGUCGUGAUCAUGUCGCUUCUGGCCCCCUUUGUACGCCCUUUGAUCAAAGCAGCUUCAAAGUCCCUGCAGACCGGAUCGGCGGGUGUCAUUGACGCCUCGGGCAAGCACCAGUACGAGCCUUGGACCGAUCCCCACUGCACCGAUCCCACCCACUCCCUGCUCUCAAAGGAUCAUUUCGCCAAUGUGCUCAACGAGCCCGCUGGCCAGGUCGCUUCUGCCGUGGUGCAAUACAUCGCUCCUCGCAUCCUCUAUGCCUGGCAGCACAUCGAUGUGCCCGAGCACGAAGUCCUGGAAGAUUGCAUGCGUGUCUUCCACCACCCCGCCCUGCGUGAUAUGCACAAUGAAGCCCAGCGGACCAUGUUCGAGGCUGUCCAGACCUGGGCCCAUUCUCGUCCGGACCGUGGCCAUUCUCUUAAUGAGAUUCUCAGCUCAGAGGGUGUCAGGUCGGGUCGUAACACUGGCGGUGUCAGUCACACCCACAGCGGUGGUCAUGGCGGAUUCCCGACACUAGGAGGACAAAAGCCAAACAAGCACGGACAAGGCAAUAGCCAUGCCCAGAGCCAUGGUCAAUCAUCGGGUGGCUUCUCAUCUUUCUUCCAACAGCAAUCCUCUUCCAAUCACAAUAACUCCUCCUCGUCCGGUCUCCCCUGGGACAAGCUCUCGUCGCUCCCAAUCCCGGGAAUUUCGAAUUUGAACAAACUCGAAAGCAAACUCUCAAACUUCAUUCCUGGCGGCCGGAGUCGUGACAUGUGUGAAGACGACAGCCAGCAGUCGCGUGGUGGGUAUGAACAUGGAUUAGCAGGCCACGUGGUUGGUGAUUCGCGAGGGGGCAAUGUCCAGCCAGAGCACAAUUUGCAAGCUGGCUAUGACCACGUCCAAAAUGGUUCUUCUCAGUAUGGGGAGCACGGCUCCGCUAGCCACGGCCAUCACCAUGAGCAUAGUGAGCACCACGGUGGUCAUCAUGGCUCUCAUUCUGGGCAUGGCCAUGGUCAUGGUCAUAGCCACGGCCAUCACCACGAGCACAGGCAUUGA